AUGAAUAAUCUAUCUAUCUAUCUAUCUAUCUAUCUAUCUAUCUAUCUAUCUAUCUAUCUAUCUAUCUCUGACAAUGUAUUUUCUAUCUAUCUAUCUCUGACAAUGUAUUUUCUGUCUAUCUAUCUAUCUAUCUAUCUAUCUAUCUAUCUAUCUAUCUAUCUAUCUAUCUAUCUAUCUAUGGCAAUGUAUUAUCUAUCUAUCUAUCUAUCUAUCUAUCUAUAUCUAUGUAUUAAUACUCUAUCUAUCUGUGACAAUGAAUAUUCUAUCUAUCUAUCUAUCUAUCUAUCUAUCUAUCUAUCUAUCUCUGACAAUGUAUUUUCUAUUUAUCUAUCUAUCUAUGGCAAUGUAUUAAUACUCUAUCUAUCUGUCUGUGACAAUGAAUAUUCUAUCUAUGACAAUUUAUUAUCUAUCUAUCUAUCUAUAUAUCUACCUAUCUAUCUAUCCAUCUAUCUAUCUAUGACUGUAUUAAUAUUCUAUCUAUCUGUGACAAUGAAUAUUCUAUCUAUCUAUCUAUCUAUCUAUCAUUGUCUGUUCAUUUUCUAUCUAUCCAUCUCAGUCUGUUCAUUAUCUAUCUAUCUAUCUAUCUAUCUAUCUAUCUAUCUAUCUAUCUAUCUAUCUAUGACUGUAUUAAUAUUCUAUCUAUCUGUGACAAUGAAUAUUCUUCCUAUCUAUCUAUCUAUCUAUGACUAUUAA